CGCCUCCACCCUCCUCCUCUUCAUUUAAACCGCAGGGAAAGCCUAUCGGAGCAUCAGACCCACUCUGAUGGAGACACGUGAAGACGACACCAGCCGUCCGUGUCGCUCUGUCUUUUACCAGCCAAAAAAAACUUUUUCGUUGUGUUUUUGGAUGAUAGAGAUAUCUCCGUUUAAAGAAAAAGCUCAUUACGGACGCAUUCAUUUACAGUAACAUCAAUUUCUUUUUUUUAGAAUUUGGGAGUUAAAGAUUUUUUUUUUAAAACUUUUAAGGAAGACCUCGACUCGAUAUCCCCAGAAGAGAUCAACCGCGUCCUCGUGCCCCGGCGCCAUGCUGUCCAGCGUGCGCCGCCGCAGCCUCCGCCUGCAGAGCGAGCUCCACCGGUGGAGCCUCGGCGACCCGGGCAGCCAGCUGCUCCCGGACGGGCUCCUCGCCCGGGUCCCCGCUUGCAUGUCCCGCUCAAAGUCGUGCACCUGCUCCGCCGAGGAGUCGGACGGGAGCCGCAGGAGCUGGUCGUCCUCCGACUCGGUCCGCUCCACCGACUCCUGCGGGGAGCCGGGGGCACCCGGGGGCCCGUACCGGGUGGUGCUCCUGGGGGCCAGCGGGGUGGGGAAAACGGCGUUCAGCAGCAUCUUCGCCGGCGCGGUGGACAGCAUGGACAGCGAUGACUGCGAGCUGUGUGCCGAUGAAGUGUGUGAAAAGAAAAUUGAAGUGGAUGGAGAACCUGCAACUAUUACUCUGCUGGACACAUCGGAUGCAGAGACUGACCAGGGUUGUCGUGCUCGGGAGCACCACAUGCAGACGGGCGACGCCUACCUGCUGCUCUACUCCGUAACGGACCGGGCCUCCUUCCUGCGAGCCUCCGAGCUCCGGAUAACCCUGCGGCGCUUCCGUCCUGCGCAGCACACGCCGAUCAUCCUGGUGGGGAACAAAUGUGACCUGGCUCGACGCAGGGAGGUGUCAGUCAACGAGGGUCGCGCCUGCGCAGCCGUGUUUGACUGCAAGUUCAUCGAAACCUCGGCCGCCAUGCAGCACAACAUCUGGGAGGCCUUCCGCGGCAUGGUGCGACAGCUGCGGCUACGCCGAGACUCCAAGGAAGCCAACAGGCGCCGCAGGCACACGUACUGCAACGCGCGGCGCGAGAGCCUCCCUGUGAAGGCCAAGCGCUUCCUCGACAGGGUGAUGGCGAAGAACAAUCCCAGCGUGGCGUUCUGGCUGAAAUCAAAGUCCUGCCAUGAUCUUUCUGUGCUGUAGAAACAUAGGCAGAAACAGGCUUUUAAAUGUACGCCAAACCUUUUGAGCAUGUGAACACGUUGCCGCUUGGAGAUCAGGAUUGGUGGGCGCCUGCUUCUCUUCGGGGCUCCGAGCCGGGUGGCUCAUUCCUCGGUGUGUUGACACCGAGCCAGUGUGGUGUACAAGAGGGGGGUUUGCAACCUUCCUGCGCUGCCAUCCACAUGUUGAGGUCCAGACCAGACUCAGUGGACGCAGCUCAUCCUGUGUCAUGGAGCGCAAACACUGGGCCAAUGAAGCGACGUUUCCUGUUAGAGACUGGAGGUUAGAAACUGAGAGAAGGAUGUUAUUUUUUUGUGUUUUAAACGAUAAACGUCUUUCCUCUUUGAUAAUUUGCAUGAUGAACAUCUUUUUUUAUUUAUUAGCAAUGUGUGUUUAAAAAAGAGAUGUGUUGUAUUUUGUUAUUUGUAUGUUUUAAUUUUGCUCUUAUAAAUAAAGCGACA